CCUCGCUUUCUGGCUCAUAUGAUCGGAGGAUCGACGGAGUACGGAACGCACAUCCAGUGUCUGCGGACGGAGGCCCGCGUACCAUGACGGGAUCGUGUGCCGUGUGCCAGGCCGUAGCGACACAGUGCUGCUCAAGCUGCCAUCUUGUUUUCUACUGCAGCCGUGAACACCAGAAACAACACUGGAAGAUCCACAAAACACAAUGUACGCCCUACAAAGUGGAAGUCUCUGAACGACUAGGGCACCACGUCGUGGCAACGAGGGACAUCCAACAGGGAGAGGUCAUCAUCGAGGAAGAACCAAUCGUACUGGGCCCCAAAGUUCUGUCUCUACCUCUUUGUCUCGGUUGUGGACGCCGGAUUAAGGUCAUCGAAGGAGAAGAAGUGUAUAAAUGCAGUGGCUGUGGUUGGCCGUUGUGUGGAUCCCAUUGCGAAACAUCACCAUUCCAUGUACCCGAAUGUAAUCUGAUGAAAGAGAGGGGAUUUCGUGCCGACAUAAAUUUGAAAGAAGACAAAAAGGAAGCUGCAUAUUGUAGCAUAACGCCACUGAGAUGUCUUCUGCUGAAGAAGCAUGACCAGAGUAAAUACGAGGGAAUCGUGAAGAUGCAGUCGCAUUUGAAAGAAAGGAGAGACACGCCUCUGUAUAACAUUUUCAAAAACAAUGUUGUCGGUUUCCUUAGAAACGCGCUUGGGAUGACAGAAUUCAGCGAGGAGACAAUUCUGAGAAUUACAGCUAUUUUAGACACAAACUCAUUUGAGAUUCGCAGGUCGGAAGGUGACAUCAAAGUCAGGGGUUUGUAUUCUAAAGCUGCGAUGUUAUCACACGACUGUAAACCAAACACCAAACAUUUCUUCAGAGGACCAAAAUAUACUUUAAAAUUAGUUUCUACGGUUCCAAUCAAAAAAGGAGAAAUAAUCUGUGUUACUUAUACACAGACUCUUUGGGGGACCCUAGAAAGAAGGGCUCAUCUUAAGCAAUCAAAGUGUUUUGAUUGUACCUGUUUAAGAUGUUCUGAUGCAACUGAACUGGGUACUUAUAUAGGAGCUAUAAAUUGUUCCCAGUGCAAGAAAUCUGGUGGAAAGAGGAACGAUAAACUUAUUUCAACGAGUCCUUUAGAACCUUCAGCGCCGUGGAAAUGUGAAGUCUGUUCGCAUACGAUUCCUGGCCGACAAAUGGCUUGGGGAAACGACGCAAUAAGACGGGAAAUUUCGGCUUUGGAUAAAAGUAAACCCCAGGGUUUGGAGGAUUUUCUGGACAAGUACAAAGGCGCUCUGCAUCCCGCAAACGGGCAUAUUCUUGAGGUUAAAUAUGCCCUGUCCCAAAUGUAUGGGAAUAUGCAAGGUUUCUUGCUCUCCGAACUGCCGGAUAGGCUGUUGGAGAGGAAGAUAAACUUGUGUACCGAGCUUCUAGAAAUCGCAGACGUCUUAGAUCCUGGUUCAACAAGAUUACGCGGUGUCCUGCUUUACGACUUGCAGGCUACCAUGGUCGUUCAGGCGAAACGCGAUUUGGCCAGUGACAAGAUCACGAAGGCUGCUGCUCAAGAUAUUAUGGGGGAAUCCAUGACACUACUACAGCUAGCAGCGGAGAUUCUGAAAACAGAGGAUGACAUGGCCCAUCUUCUGCAGGAUAAACUUGCCAACUUAUCAAAAGAACUGGAAUGUGAUUCAUAAAAAUAACUUCAUCAUCACUGUUUGACCAGUGUUUACAACUUAAAACUAUGUGUCACCUAGUGAUUAUUACAUAAAAUAAGGCGCAAACAAUUAUGAUCCACCUCUGGUGUCCCCUUAUAUGUCAAUGGUAAAUAUCUGUUAACACCUGUUUUAAACUUCAAGAACUCUGCUCAUUUCUACGUAUUUUGCUUUUGUGUUUCGUUUGUUUGUUUUUAACAAACAGCGACUGCUUUCAUAAACUAAAUGACUAUUGUACGUCUUUUUAUGCAAACCGAAAUUAAUAAGUAUGACGGUGGAGUAUCACCCCACCAAAAUGAUUUACAGUACACGAAAAAUAGCGGAUGAGUAGUUAUUUCCAAGCUCGUGGCUUCUAUUAUCCUUGAAGCGGACUGUACUCAAUGGGAUUUGUCGUUACCUUCCUCAGAGACUCCAGCAAACUUCUGAGAUGGUAGUUAAAUAUGAGACAACCGUUUACUUUCCAAUACAUCAAUCAUAACGCCAUUCAACACAAAAUAUGUAUUUUGAAAUAACGCCGUUUAAUAGCCCAAGAUACAAACAAUCAAUCAAUCAAUCAAUCACAUUGUAACUUUGUCGCUGUUGUGGUAAUUACAGUGGCAGUGAGGAGCAGAGAACAUUGCAGGAUAGUUAAUAAGAAAGAAUGCAUAGAUUGCUCAUAUCUGAUUGGUACUAAGGUUCGUUUAUUACAAAAAUAAAUAUUAUUUAAAGACU